CUGGGCUCAGCCAGGCGCUGGCCGCUCCGUGGCGCUUCCUGCCACGCCGGGCCUGCCUGGGCCGCGCCAGCUCCGCUAGUCAGCGGACCGCGUAUCGGCUGCCGCCGGGCCUGGGUUGGAUCUUUCCUGCUGGACUAAUCCCUUGGAAUUUUGCUGAGACAAGAUGAGUCAUACCUGUGUGUCUCUUUUGGCUCCACCUGCUCCCCAAGGUCUUGCCCUUCCCCAGGACGGAGCCCCAGGAAACCAGGUCCUGGCGGUCCCUCUUGAGAUGCCGGAGACCCAGGAUUUGAUGUCAUUUGAUGUCGUCCCGUGGCACCUCACAGAAAGGGAGUGGCUGAGUCUGAGCCCUGAGCAGAGGACACUGGCAUAUCCUGGGACCGUGACCUCCAUAGGAGUUCCUGUUCUGAGUCCGACUUUGGUGUCUCACCUGGCCCAGAGACAAGUGCUAUUGGCGUCUGGCCCUUCCUUCAGCACAGAUCAAGCUAAGCAUCCUGAAAGCACGUCUGUGACACCCCGCCAGAUGAUGGGUGAAGAAGCCCAGCUGCAGGAGAUGGCCUCCACGAGCUCCCCGAGGGCCAGUGACCCCAGUGCUGAGGUCAAACAGAAUGGGGACUCUGAGGGAAGGGGAGGGAGCCCACCAAAUCUGCCCAUAGAACAUCAUUUUGCAUGUAAGGAGUGUGGGGACACCUUCCGGCUUAAAGUGCUCCUUGUUCAGCACCAGAGGGUUCACAGUGAGGAGAAGGGCUGGGAGUGUGGCGAUUGCGGGAAGGUUUUCAGGGGGGUGUCAGAGUUUAAUGAGCACAGGAAGAGCCACGCAGCUGUGGCCGCUGAGCCCCGGCCUGGCCCCAGUAGGGCCCUGGAAGAUGCCUUGGAGAAGAGGGAGCAAAUGGAGAGGGAGGCGAAGCCCUUUGAGUGUGAGGAGUGCGGGAAAAGGUUUAAGAAGAACGCAGGCCUUAGUCAGCACCUGAGGGUGCACAGCAGAGAGAAGCCCUUUGAUUGUGAGGAGUGCGGGCAGUCCUUCAAAGCCAACACCCACCUCUUUCGACAUCAGAAGCUUCACACCUCGGAAAAGCCCUUUGCGUGCAAGGCGUGCAGCAGGGAUUUCCUGGAUCGCCAGGAACUUCUCAAGCACCAGAGGAUGCACACUGGUCACCUGCCCUUCGACUGCGACGACUGCGGCAAGUCCUUCCGCGGGGUCAACGGGCUGGCGGAGCACCAGCGCAUCCACAGCGGCGCCAAGCCCUACGGCUGUCCUCACUGCGGCAAGCUUUUCCGGAGGAGCUCGGAGCUCACCAAGCACCGGAGGAUCCACACGGGCGAGAAACCCUAUGAGUGCGGCCAGUGCGGCAAGGCCUUCCGCCAGAGCUCCAGCCUGCUGGAGCACGCGCGCAUCCACAGCGGCGAGCGGCCCUACGCGUGCGGUGAGUGCGGUAAGGCCUUCCGAGGGCCCUCCGACCUCAUCAAGCACCGGCGCAUCCACAGCGGACUUAAGCCCUACGAGUGCGACAAGUGCGGCAAGGCCUUCCGGAGGAGCUCGGGCCUCAGCCGCCACCGGCGCAUCCACAGCGGGGCCAGACGCUGCGAGUGCAACGAGUGUGGCCGCGUGUUCAAGAGGCGCUCGGCGCUGCAGAAGCACCAGCCCACCCACCGCGAGUAGACGCCAGGCUGGAGGCGAUCCCAGGGUAUCCACCGAGGCCAUGGCCCCAGUCAAAGGAGAUGAACAGUUUUGUAGCGCUUACCUAUUUUAUCGUGUGAGAAGUUGAACCAAUUUAUACUGCCACCAGCAAUUUAUAAGUGUCCGUGUUUCCCAUUGUGCCCAUCAAGAGUAGCUUUUGACCAUUUUAACAUGGCUUGACAGAAAGUACCUUCAAGGUAUGUAGAUCCCCGUGCCUGGAAUGAGAAGAGCAAUCUGGAUGUGGGGAUCUGAAGGGGGCUGGGACGUCAUGCCCUGUAAGCUCCACCCCUGAACGAUCCAUGUGAUCCCACCUUUCCCCUCACCAAGGGAAGAUUGCCCGAAGGCUUUUGGCCUACUUAAAUUUACAAACUGUAGGGAUGUAAAUAGAAUACUCAACAAAAGUCUUAUAAUAUUUAAUUUAUUAAUUUAGUUGUAUAAACAUUGUAAAUCACCUAUUCUGCAGAAUAAUAUAUUAAUUUAGAAAAGGGUCCCUUUUUGCCAUACUCCAUUUCAUGAGAUUGUUUGAUUCUAACUUUUCACAUACAUUUUUGACCUCACCAUCACGGGAACAUCCAGUCGCUUCCAUCUGAGCGAUAUGAGGUAGCACUGUGACAAUCUCUGCUUGAGGUUCUCAUCGGAAAUUUCCUCUCAAGCCAUAAGAACCUGUUCACACUAACAUCAGGAGUUUUGUGUGUUUUUGAUUAGUGCUGUAUCUCUACAACAUAACCACUUAAGGUGGUGCUUUUUCAAGCGAUCUUUUCAAAGGCUUUUUUAAACAUCUAAAAUGCCACUCUUAGGUCACACUGCUAGUAAAACCUACGAAUUGGGGAUAAACAUGUUUUGCCUCUGUUUUCUUGAGCCAAUUCAAUCUAGUGACCCCUGUACAUACCCAAAACAAUCAUCCCUUGGGGUUUGUCCUCAUACAGCACCUUGUUCAAAGUGAAGUAGGCAAGAGAAAAACUCAAAAUGAGAGGGACCUCUCCAAGACUCAAAGGUAAGGUGACACCUCCUUGUUGGGAAUAAGAACUUCUCCUCAUGUCAGACAUAAAUGGAACUUCUCUAAACCUCCAUUUGCAGCUCAGUGAUGGGGGAGGGGACAGUCACGGUACCUACCUCCUAAGGUUCUCAUGAGGACACUGCCUGGCAAGGAGUUACACUCAGUGAAGGUCAUCUGCUGCCAUCCCACAGCUCCUAAGUGCAGAACUGGGGAUGAGCCCCGGCCUCUGACUGCUAAGUCUCAUCUUUCUUUCAUAUAAUGACUUAAAUACUAUUUCUGUUUCUUGCAUGAAAAUUAUAUGUUCAUCUCCUUUGACAAGUUUUUGAGUUACCUUGGGAUAUAUUGACUUUAUAGAACAGGUCUUUCUAUAUUGAUUAUGACAUUCUUUUCCAAUUUUUAUUGCUUUUCCUUUUUAGCACUUUUAUUAUUUCUUUUGUGCAAGUUUUUGAUUUUUACAUAUCCUUGCAUUCAUUUUCGUCUGCUAACUUGUGAUUUUCAUUGGUUCAGUACUUUCAUAUGAUGACAUUUUCUUCUAGAAUUUAGUUACAAAAGAACAGUUGAAUCCCCUGCCCACCAGAAAGUGAAUGCACCAGGGUGGGCAGGCUGGAUGAGAGUGGGCCAGUGAAGCUGGCUCGUUCUCUGUCCAAGAUGCAGACUGCAUAUGUAUCUUUGGGCAGCACGUGACUAUCCAACAUGGCCACUGAGGCACACUGGAGACAUUUCCGUCACAUACUGCCUGGAGCACUUUGUGAUGCUCAUCAGUAUAGCCUCAGCCACCAGCAACCUAGACCAACAGAAUGGUCCAAAUGUGGUCUGGCAGCAGCCAGCCAUCCUUCAAACUGCCAGGAGCCGUGGCUAUUUUGGGCAUGGAUUCAGUGACUGAAUGGCAGGUCCACCUAAGAAACAUCUCAGAUACAGAAGACUCACCUGACUGAUAUCACCAUGUGGUCUACAUCCUCCUUCCAGCAAGUGACUCUGGAAUGUGAGAGAUCAGUUUGGUGGCUUCUACUUUGGGCAACUAGAGAAAGAAAUUUGCCCACAUGUUCUGGUGUCACUUCCUGCAGCCUCACCUCAAAGGGGUGACAGAGCAGAGGCCUGGAGAGGAACUGUGUUCCUCCAAUGGCAUGUGUGUCAUGCCAAUAGAAGUUGAUUGCAUCAGGCCUGGGCCAGGACUUGGAGCAGCCAUGCCCAGGAGGUGAUAAAACAAGGUUUUGGAAGGCAAGAGACCAUUCUGAUGGCCCAUAUGGCACAGAAGUCAGAGCUGGUCAUCCUGAGAUUGGGCUGUCGCUUGAGGUAACCUCCCUCCGGAGGAGCAGCAAGGGCUGGCAAACCGGCCAUACCAGGGCUGUAGCACAAGUAUUGUGCUGUGCCCAGAAGGGCACGGAAAGGCCUGGACAGAAUAUGUGUUUUUAUGGCAGCCUUGCAAGGGGAGGCCAGGCUCCCCAGGAGGCAUAGCCUGGAAGGGCUCCUAGGCCCCAUCCUGGGAAGCAAGGUCAGACAGUGACCUUGAAAUCUUGGCCAGAAGGGCCUCUUGAAUGCCCCUGGGCCCCCAUAGUGGCCCUAUGGGGCAUCUCCAUCCUGACCCACAGGCUGGAGAGAAGCCAACAGCACUUGUUACAUAGCGGUUCCUCCUGCUCUGUGGACUCAGUUCUUGCAGUUUCUUUUGACGUUGUCUGAAACUGCUGCUUUCUCAGAUUAGUUUCUUCAUUUGAGCUGUUAAGACAUGAUCUGUACAGCUGUCAUUGGGUAAGGAAUGUUGACAUCUACCAGGGGCAAAUUUGGCACCUUCAUCUUGAAGGACUCUGCCAUUUCUUGCUUGUUCAGUCAUCAUUUGUCAAGGUUGAGGAAAGAUCCCAUUGAAGUCUAGAUUAACGCUAACUUGGAAGGUAGCAGAGUGGUCACUACUCCCAACCAGGGCAUAGCAUCUUGGCAUCCCUUCCUGCCCUCCUUGACUUUUUUCUAGUUUUCGCUCUAUAAUUUUCUCUUGAACAAAUCCUCUUUUAGAGUUAACACUAAAGAUCACUUCAUCAGUGUCGCCAGAUCAGCUUUUCCUGGUGUGGUCUGUGGCUUUAACAUGUACCCCUUAGUUUCACCAAGUCCAUCCAGGAGCGUGGGCGUGGAGUUAGGUACACUGCUAUGCCCAGUGCAAAUGUGAGUGAGCUUCCUGUAGUGUGUGCUCGUCUAUGCAUUCAUAUAUCUACCUCAUCACCCAGUUUUCUUUCUAGUCACAUGCAUUGCUGUUGCAAGGGAAAUGGGGGGCAGCUGGGUUACAUGGAAAUCUGGCUCUCUCAAGAAAUGUAUCCUUUUAUCAUGUCAAGAAAGAAACCCUUCAUGGCUUUUAUUAGCGUUUUGCAUACUUGCUAAAAUUUUCACUAAAAAGCACUUGCUUACCAUUUUUUGCUGCAAUUUAUGAUAAAGUAUAUCAAUUCAUUGUGUUAUACCCACUAUUGUAUUUCCAGAAUAACCCCCACCGGAUCACAGUGGGCAUCUUUCCCCCAUGGUAUUAUAUUCUAUGUGCUUAAUUUUUGUGCUUAAAGUGGCAUGGCGUCUGCCCUGCCAGCAGCCCUGGGCCAUAGCUCUGUGGUGUACCACAUGACUUGCCACCUCCCUCCCAGACCUGGUUAAUUAAACCAGAUCCAGACAUCUGACCCACGGGCAGCAGCCAGUGGUCAGACCUGGAUAGAGAAGAUGGAUGGGGCCUUUUAGACCCGUAAAGUGUACAAGAGUAAACUGAAGCUUCCAGUCGUUCUUGGACUAUAGAGGGAACUACAAGGUAUUUGGAGGACUUGCCCCUGUGGGAAGCACCAAGGUGGAGGUCUGAGAGCUCCCGCUAGGCUGCCCGGAGCUUCUUGGAUCGUAGCAACAUGCGGGAAGCCUAGCCAUGUUGUGUACCCGGAUAGCUGGCAGCUGCCCUCGUCAGUCCAUGUGCGUCCCCGCCAUAGACCCCUCCCCUUGACUUGAGCCAGCCCGAGUGGGAUUCUGCCUUUGCAACUUAUCAGCAGCCAAUUGCAUUUGACAAUUGGGCUGCUUCCUGAGAAGAAUCACAUUUCUGGCUUUCUUCGCAUUCUACCCAGCCAGCAUUCCUGGCCCAAGUCCCAGCUGAUUGACACGAACACCUGUUUAUAUGUAUUGUAGUCUGCUCACUAAGAUGGGUGAAAUCCCUGCCUUCUAGUAUUACUGAGUUUAACCCGUGAUCUUCAGUCUGAGCAUUGUUCCUUUUCUGAACCACAUUUGGCUCACAAAAUGAGUUCUUUGAAGCCUAUCCUAUUCCCUAUUUUGGAAGUGUUUUCACUGUCUCCAGCAAAUUCUCCAGAUCAGGGGAUUGAUAAACUCCUUUACUCCUAGUGUACUUAUAUCUUGUAGUUCUCAUGGCCUUGGUUUGGAUAUUUACUUUCCGAAACUAAAUACGGUCUCUUUAAACUUCACCUUCAACGCUACUUGUGUAUCUGAGAAUAGUAGCCAUGUCCUGCCCCACUUUGUAUUUGGAUUUUUUGGCACUUUGUCCCCUGCCCGCCCCCAGUCUCCCUACCUUGUCUGUUGUAUGGCACUCACUAUAACCAGCCUUGCACUAGAGCUGUUCGUGGACUUGGCUUCUCCUCUCCCCUCUCCACCCUUCCCAACCUGUUAGAUUGUGAGCUCUUAGAAGACAGGGGCGGCCCUUCAUGUCUGAUUCCCUACCAAAUCUAGCACAGUGCCUUGCAUCUAGUAGAUUUCAAUAAAUAUAUGUUAAAUGGCA